GCAAAACACUGCCCGUUUAAACUGGCAUCAUGCCACCUAGCAGCCUCAAAGGAAGCAUGCUUCGUCUGGAAGGAGAGUUCGGUUAACAGACUUUAAAAGUGAGCCUCUGGGACCCCCAGGUCUGGACCAGCUCCACAACAGUGAGCCAAGACCACAGCAAGUUGGCACAGGUAAACUUUACAAUAUUGAAGAAGAGUGUGGCGCAUCGUGGACUAGGGCUGUGUAGCUCCAUUCAGGGAUUGCAUGAGACCCUUCAUGUCAGAAGAGUGAUGGUCACUGUGCCCCAACUAUUGGCAUGGUGAAGAGUUUAGAAACAGAAGCAGCAUCUGUGCGGGGAGGUAUAUGGCUCCUUUCAUAAUCCAUGGGCCCAUGUGAUCCUGCUGGACCUGGCAGAUGCCACGAGUGAUGGGCACUUACAAUAGACAUUAAAUUGGAGGUACAAACUGGUAUAGCGCCUUUCAAAUUCUAGACGGAGUUUCUGCAUCUCACCAAGGGAUACCCAUGGAGCUGGCGGCAGAAGCUGGCAGAGAAGAUGAUCUGAAGGUGACAGCAGCUUAUAUAGCGCCUUUACUUUGUUGGCUGCCUGUGUUUUAAUUGUGUGGAGAUCCCAACUGGAGUACAAACUAUUAUAGCGCCUUUCAACUUCUAACUGGACUGACAGCAUCUCACCCAGCGAUACCCAUAGAGCUGGUGGCAAACUUUAUGAAGAGGAAAUGAUUGUGAUGGUGGCACAGGCUUAUAUAGUGCCUUUCAUCAUUGGCUGACUGUUUUUAAUUUUGCCCAGUCGAACAUCACAGACUACUAUAGUGCCUUGCUGUGGCAAGUGAGUGCCAUCCCAGAUGGCAGAUCACCAGCCGCCCAUUCCUGAGUGCUCUGUCUGCCUCUCACCCUAUGACAACGCUUUCAAGGCACCUCUGAAGCUGCCGCCAUGUGCCCACACCUUCUGCCUUGAGUGCCUGGCACAGCUGUGCCUCUUCAUGAAGCCCAUGCAGCUUUUGCCCUGCCCCCUGUGCAGGGCACCUGUCACCAUACCCCCUGGUGGGGCACCGGCUCUCCCAGUGGAUACUAAUGUGAUCUCUGAGCUGCCCACCCAUCAGCGGAGCCACAUCUGCAGGGUCUGGAUGGAAGGCUCUGAGCUGUGCCACUGGAGGCUGCAGCCACCAUACAACAGGCAGCCGAUGGCAGAGGAUGGCACCCGGGAUGCGGUGGUCCGCAUUCAGCUGAUACACCCAACUUCCAGCUUGUCUCAGCCCGCUGACCUCAUCACUGUCCGGGGUGGCAGGAGACGUCACCAGUGCCGCGAAAUUUGCCGCAGCUUCUGGUGUCUGACCUCGUUGGUCUUUGUCACUAUGGUCACCCUCUUUUCUGCCAUCUUCUUCCCAAUUUAUCUGAUUCGCUGGACCCGGUAGACAAUGUGAACUCAUAGUGGCAUUCAACAGAUGGAAUACAGUAGGCACCUCCUGGAGUAACUGUGCCAAUGUAGGCAGAGAGUAGGAAGGCAAGGUGACCUCACAAAAUGGGGAGCUGGCACAGCUGGAGUGGAGUUUGUAAGAUGAGAGAAAGAGAGGGGGCUCUGAACUGGGCAGACCGGGCACCUCACUGACAACAGCUGAAGAUUCUCUUCAUUACAACGAAUGGGCACCACCUGCCAGUCAAGAAGGUAUCAUCCACACUACCAGGGAUUAUGUAGGCCGUUAUAUGUGACUGGACCCCUGGAACAAGGCAUCUGGGCACUGCCCAUCCGACACCAAAUGUGCCUAACAGUCAGGGAGCAAUUCAGCUGUCAAUCUUGAUUGUAUAUAGCACCUUUCAAAAGUUUAUAGAGCCUUUCACAUUAAGGACAUUCAAAAGGCGCUUUACAUUUCAUAUUGCAUCUCACACACCAAUGAAGUAAGCAAAUUUGAUUUUACAAAAGGGCCUUUAGAAAUGGGGGCUUAAGGGGGUCCGGCGAUGGAGUUUAGGGUCAAACUGGGAGCAAGGCAAGAGUAAAGUCGAAGGAGAAAGGCAGCCAGAUUGAGCUUACAGGUCUGUGUGAAAAGGUCACCUUUAAUAAAGAUAGAGUGAAAGGCACUAUAUAAUAGAUAGAUAGAUAGAUAGAUAGAUAGAUAGAUAGAUAGAUAGAUAGAUAGAUAGAUAGAUAGAUAGAUAGAUAGAUAGAUAGAUAGAGUGAAAGGUGCUAUAAUAAAAAGACAGAUUUCUUAUCACCAUCUAGUGACAGAUCUGCAGGCUUCACAUAUUCCUCCAUCCAUUAUCUCACUCACUUCCCAGUUCAAACUCACAGGGCACCAGUUGCAAUACUGGCAAGCAGUGCCUGCGAAGGAGAAGCCAACCCUACAUGGUGCCAUUCAAUGCCAGGUUCGUUUGGAAGUCCCCUGGUAAAGCCUGUGUGAACAGAGAAAAACACAGACAUGGAGUGAAGGUGCAAACGCUACAGGAUUUGAACCAGGAACACCAAAGAGACGGCAGCCUUAAGUGCUGUGCCACCGUGCCACCCCGAGACUUGUAUUUCUCUCAGAUUUGCUGUCCAGCUCAGACUCGGCAAUGUGACCUGACCUAUCAACUGAGGCAGACUACUUUGUGACAGUACACACAGUGCAUGGCCCCAAAUAAAUUAA